AUGUCGUGGAGAGGAAAGAGAAAGGACGAGGAGGAUCACGCGUCGGACGGUGACUCUGAGGGCCACGCGCCCCCCAAGAAGACCUGCAAGAGAGACUCCACCGAUGACAACUCUGACGAAAUCAUUGCCUGCGAGAUCUCCAAGAAUAGGAGGGUAACUGUGAGGAACUGGAAUGGAAAGAUUAUGGUCGACAUUCGUGAGUUCUAUGUUAAGGAUGGCAAGCAAAUGCCUGGGAAAAAAGGAAUCUCACUAACGAAGGAUCAGUGGGAUGUGCUUCAUAAUCAUGUGGAAGAAAUUGACAAGGCUGUUAAUGGGACCUCUUAG